AUGUACCUCUCUGUCAUGAACAUGAAUGCGAUUCACACUCACGUCAUCGUUAAGAACAUUUGUUAUUUACAAAUUGCCGUUGGAAUUUCAGCCAGCACCGUCCUUCUUCUGUUGCACAUCUUCAUGUUUCUUGAAGAUGGCAGAGUUAAGGCCGCGGAGCUGAUCACGUGUCACUUGGCCCUUAUCCACAUUGUGAUGCUUCUUGUGGCAUUAGAGUUUUUGUCUCCAGACAUGUUCGAAUCACUGAAUUUAGAGAACGACUUCAAAUGCAAGGCGUUGUUUUACGUAAGCAGGGUGAUGCGGGGCCUCUCCAUCUGUACCACCUGCUUCCUGAGUGUGCUCCAGGCCAUCACCAUCAGCCCACGCACCAGCUGGAUGGUUAAAGCCAAACAUGCGCUUACAAGUUACACCAUCCAUAUUUUCUUGUUUUUCUGGCUCCUCAAUUUGUUUUUCAGCAGUGGUGUCAUCUUGUAUGCUGUAGCUUAUUCCAACAGAAGCCAGACAAAUCUACUUGCUGUCAGUGAACACUGCUCGUUAAACCCAACUACCUUCAUCACAAGGAGAUUAUUUUUCAUUUUGACACUCUCCAGGGAUGUCUUCUUUGUGGGGCUCAUGCUGUUCUCCAGUGCUUACAUGGUGGUUCUGUUGUUCUGGCACCACAGGAGAUCACUGCAUCUUCAGAGAUGCAGCCUCUCGGCAAGAUACUCCCCAGAGCAGAGAGCCACCCAGACCACCCUGAUACUGGUGAGUGUCUUUGUGCUCACAUACUGGGUGAACCUUAUCAUUUCAUCACGCUCAACGUUGCUCUGGAUCUAUGAGCCAGUCCUUCUGAAUCUUCAGAAACUUGUACUCAAUGCCUAUGCUACUGUGUGUCCGGUGACACAGAUGACUUUCCAGAAAAGGAUACAUGACAUUAUGAGACUCAUGUGCUGGAAAUUUCACAUUUUAGAAGGAGAAUAA